GCCUCUGUCACAGGAAACACCCUCUUGACCUCCAGCAGGCCCAUCCUGGCAGCCCGUAGGCCCCAGCACAGUCUGAUCCUGAGCAUCCCCGGGGCACAGGUGCCGGUGAUAAAUUCCUCGCUGGAUCAUCGCUCCGUGACUGCGGAUCCGGCCAGGUGUUCCUCGGCUGGUGGAUCACAGAGGCAUCCGUCUGUUGCAAGAGGGGAAGCCUGAGCUGCUGUGAGCUGCAGGCCGUGAGCCGUGACUCUGGGGAACAGGAUGUCCUCCCGUAUAAAUGUUCGGUGCCACCCACGGCCUCCCCCAACUGCAGUCAGUGCCAGUGCCAUGGGCCACGGCUGUACACUCACUGCCUUCCUCCUCCUUGCAUCGACCGAGCUGUCAGCUGCUCGAUUUUACACUCCUGGGACCUCAGAAGAGGAGCCGGACUGUGAGGAUUUCCCGGAUUUGCCGGUCUGUCCGAUGUUCACCAAGAGAAUCUGCGGCACAGAUGGUGUGACUUACAUCAACCGGUGCAACCUGUGCCUCUACAACUGGCUGAAUGGAGCCCGGGUUAAAAUCAAAUACAACGGGCUAUGUGUGAGGCCGGAUCAAGAUGAAGAAAGUUACUGACCGGGGUGGGUGAGAGGAGGGGUCGUGGACGAGUCCGUGGAGAAAUGGCUGUCUUGGUUUGAAUAAA